AUGGCGGACGCCUACGUGCAGGGCUCCUGGGGCAGAGGCCCCGAAUAUCCGCAUCCUCCGGCAAGGAGCAACAUCAUGGUGGAGCCCAUGCAGACGGUGAUCACGAAGAACUUGAACUGGGAAGUUCGCUCCCGAGCCGGAGCCACCGAAGCCAUCCACCGCUGGGCAGCCAGCGUGCCUUCGCGACGGGUACCUUUUGCUACUCUGGGCCAUCGUGUCACCGGGGAGUUUGCUCCUCCUGUUCCCAAUGAGAGCAGGUCGCAUCUCGUCCGUGCUGUCUCAGCUCCUCAGCUCGAUUUCGGCCAGCUUCUGCGAGAGCGCAGACAGAAUCACACACUUCAGCGUUCGCGGCAGGCUCUUCACGCUUAUAAGGCCAGUUCGACAUUAAGAUCUGAAGGAUCUGCAUAA